AUGCCUGAAAAAGUUAAAACAGAACAUCUUAAAGAUAUUCUUAGUAAAGUUGCCAAAUUUAAGAGACUAGAAUUUUGCCCGUUUGAAAAUGUAACGAUGUGUGAAAAAAGCGAUUACAAAAAGAUCGUUAGCGAGAUAAUAAUAAAUGCCGUUGCCAAUGUCACGGACGAAGAUGAAGCAAAAAAGAAUCUGCGUAAUGAUUUAAACUUUUUCUCUUGGUUGUUGGAUAAUAAGAAAGAAACAAAUGAAAACGAAGACCAUAUAGAAUCAUCAGAGUCAGUGUCAAUUGAAGAUUUCAAUGAUUCAGUGGAACAAAUGAAUAAUAAGCAAUUAAUAUUAUCUAAUAUAAAUUCACCUGAUACCCUAUUGAUCACUAAUAAGGCUAAACCUAAGGCCAUGUUACAACUCAAAUAUACAAUAUUUAAAUAA